CUGCUUUGGGAUCUGCUAAGAGCUGCUGGCGCCUGCAGACGCGGGGCAUGCGGCUGCGGGGCUGGGAGAGAGGUGACUCCCUGAGAGCUACGUGCUGAUUCAGGGCAGGGGGAUGCCAACCUGGAGCUGUGACCUGUCGGGCUGAUCUUUAUCCUGCAUGAAUUAGUGGGUACAACUGGAGAAAAUUGCCCUGCAGGGUAGCUGCAGGGGCACUGGCUUUGCCUGGCUCCGCUGGGUGUUGUGUGGAGAGACUCUUUCCUGGUCGCACCUGUGGAGCAGCCGUGUGACGCAAAUGCAGGAAGGCAGCACUGAGCUCAGGAGAUGGACUGGCCCGCGAGCACGGCCAUGGCCGAGAAGCAGAGCCCUGUGGACUACGGCGUCCAGAUCCGCUUCAUAAACGACCUGCAGGAGCCCAAGAAACCCCACAAGCUGCGAGCCAAGGCGGGCAAGCCCGGCUCGUAUGGCGUGGCGGUGCGCGUGCAGGGCAUCGCCGGCCAGCCCUUCGUGGUCCUCAACAGCGGCGAGAAGGGCGGCGACUCCUUUGGGGUGCAGAUCAAGAGCGAGGGCAUGUACGGAAACCGGAGCGCGGAGGAGCCCACAACUGAGCGGCUGCAAAGCAAACUGCAGUUCAAGUCCACCCCGGACCUGCUGCGGGACCAGCGGGAGGUCGCCCAGCCUGGCAGCAGUGAGCACACCAAGGAGCUCAUCUACGGCAUCCUGAAGGAGGGGAGCAGAGACAGCGAAAUAUCCCUGAAGAGGAAAACUAAUCUGGUGUUUGAGAAGAUCCAGGAACUUGCAGGGUCUCUCCAGGCACUUGCCAAGGAUGUGGCCUGCUCUCAGCCCCAGCACAGCGAGCUGGCAAGGAAGGUGGAGGAGCUGCAGGAGAAGCUCGAUGAGGAAACUAAGCUCCGCCAGAAGCUUGAGCUGGCAAGGGAUCCAGCAAGGAUGGGCUCUGCUCGGGCACUAGAGACCCGGCUGCGGGAGGCACAGGAGGAGAGCCAGCAGCUCCGGGCAGCCCUGGAGAAGAAAGCUCAGGAGCUGCAGAGCAGUUUGCAAGAGUUGACUGACGUGAAAAUAGCCAAGGAGCAGGCGGAAACCCGUCUGGGGGACUGUGAAGAGCAGCUGAUAAUGAUGCACACAGAGCUUGACCAGCUGCACAAGGGCUCUGGGACAUCUCCAGACAGGGAGGCUUUAUACAAGGAGCUGCUGGAAACCCGGGAGGAGCUGGAGGAGGUGCUGAGCUCCAAGCAGCGGCAGGAGGAGCACUUGCGGCUGCGGGAGCGGGAGCUGACGGCGCUGAAGGGAGCCCUCAAGGAAGAGGUGGCCAGUCAUGACAAAGAGCUCGACCGCGUGCGGCAGCAGUACCAGAGCGACAUGGACCAGCUGAGGCGCAGCAUGGAGGACGUGUCGCAGGAUCAGGCCAACCUGGAAACAGAGAGGCAGAAAAUCAAUGCUGUGGUGAGGAACUUGCAGCGGGAGCUGAAGGAGAGUGCAGAGGAGACGGGGCACUGGCGGGACAUGUUCCAGAAGAACAAGGACGAGCUUCGCACUACGAAGCAGGAGCUGUUGCAGGUGAAACUGGAGCGGGAGGAGUUCGAGGAAGAGCUGCGGGAGCUUCGGGAGCGCUUCUUGGCCAUGCGGGAGGAGGUGGACCAGGUGCGGAGCAGCACGGUGGACACCAGUGAGCUUGAGGCGCUUAGAAAGGAGCUGCACCAGGCCCGGGAGAUGCAGCAGGAGCUGACAGUGGAGAAGCAGGCUCAGGAUGAGCUGCUGCGCCAGCAGGAGCAGGAGCUGGCAGCCCUGAAGGGCACCAUGCGGCAGGAGGCAUCCAGCCACGACGAGGCACUUGAGCAGUACCGGAAGGACCUGCAACAGCUCCAGAAGGAGUGUGAUGAAGCUACAAAGGCGAAGGCCUCCCUGGAGAGUGAGAGGGAGUCAGUGGAGCAGGCAAGGAAGGUGGUGGAGUCCACCCUGCGGGAGCUGCAGGAACACAAUGAUGACCUGCGGAGGAAGAUCCUUGGCCUGGAGACGCAGCUGAAGGAGUAUGAGCGCUUGGGCGAGAACUGGGAGGGUUCCCAGGCACGGCUCAAGGAGAAGGUCACCAAACUGGAGACCGAGCGCAGGCAAAUGGAGGAGUCGCUAGGUGAAGCCACAGACCGGGAGCAGGAGCUGCUGAUGGCCAAGCGCUCACUGGAGACCCGCUUGGACGAGGCACAGCGGAGCCUGGCCCGACUGACGCAGGAGCACCAGGAGCUAAGUGUGUCCUACCAGGACGAACAGAGGCAGAAGGAGCAGCUGAAGCGCGCCAAGAAUGAGCUGGAGGAGCAGAAGCGCCUGCUUGACCGGACCACGGAGAAGCUGAGCAAAGAGCUGGAGCAGAUGACAGAGGAGUCACACAGCUCGCUAGCUACGCUGAAGUCACAGCUGGAGGAGUUCAAGGAGAAGUCGCGAAAGGAGAUCACGGACUCCCAGAAACAGGCCAAGGACCGGGGCGCUGAGGUGGAGAAGAUGCAGUUCAGCAUGGGUCGGCUGCAGGAUGAGGUUGCCCGGCUGAAGCAAGCGCUGCAGGACAGCCAGGCGGAGCGGGAGAGCGCACUCCUGGACAAGGAGGUGCUGGUCCAACGCCUGCACAACCUCGAGCAGGAGGUGGACGCCAAGAAGCGCUCCCAGGACGACCGCUCGCGGCAGGUCAAGAUGCUGGAGGAAAAGUCCAAGCGCCUGGAGGUGGAGCUGGACGAGGAGAGGACCACAGUGGAGCUACUGACAGAGCGGGUAAACCGCAGCAGAGACCAGAUUGACCAGCUCCGGGCAGAGCUGCUGCAGGAACGCUCCAGCCGCCAGGACCUAGAGUGUGACAAGAUCUCACUGGAGAGGCAGAACAAGGAGCUGAAGAGCCGCUUGGCCAGCUCUGAGGGCCUGCAGAAACCCAACAGCAGCGUCUCGCAGCUUGAGUCGAGGGUUGAGGAGCUGCAGGACAAGCUGCAGGCAGAGGAGAGGUACGCGAGUGCCUUGCUGUCCUUAAACAGCAAGCUGGAGAGGAAGGUGAAAGAGCUGACGAUCCAGAUCGAUGAUGAGCGGCAGCAUGUGAACGACCAGAAGGACCAACUGAGCCUCCGAGUGAAGGCCCUCAAGCGGCAGGUGGAUGAGGCUGAGGAGGAGAUCGAGCGCCUGGAGGGCGCCCGCAAGAAGGCGCAGCGGGACCUGGAGGAGCAGCACGAGCUCAACGAGCAGCUCCAGAACCGUAUCAAGGCGCUAGAGAAGGAGGCCUGGCGCAAGGCCACCCGCUCGGCCACUGACUCCUCCCUGCAGGACGACCAGCUCAGCUCAGACGACGAGUUCGACAGCGCCUAUGGGCCGUCCUCCAUUGCCUCGCUGCUGACGGAGGCCAACCUCCAGACCAGCUCCUGCUAGCAGCUGCCCGUGCCACCCCGGCUGCUGCCUCCCUCCCUGGCACUGGCCAAGCUCUGAACUAGCUCCUCCUGAGCUUGAAUCUGAAAAAAUGGCCUCUCAUCAUCGCUCUAGGCCCCAGAGAGGAGAUGCCUCCAUCUUGGCCAGCAGGCACUGCAGCGCGGAGUUGGGAGAUGAACCGGCUGAGGAUGCAGCCCCUUCUUCUGGCUGUAAAAACUCUUUUAAAAGUAACACCAUGAAGGAAGGUGGUUGUUCAGCUGCCACUUGAAAAGCAGCAGGACAGCAGGGUCAGCAACCCCAGGAACCGCUGCCUUAUCCAUCUCUCCAUCUCCAUACCAUUCUCAGAGCCCUGCUGGAGGGGAGGGUGGCAUGCUUCAACCAACUGUUUUUGGGUGCUGGGACAUGUGUGUGCAUUUGCUGCUGUGCAAUAAGGCCCUAGGCCGCUGCCAUUGUGGCUGAUGACUCUGUGGUCCUGGUCAUGGGGACAGUGCUGCCCCAAGGUCUACAUUGCUGCUCACUGAAAAAGCCGGGGCAGGACCGAGUGAGUGCACAGGGCCCAUCCUUGCUGCGAAUGCUGCUGUGGCUCUGAAGCAUCCAAUUUAUUUUUAUAUGCAGUCCCCCUUCCUCUGCCCCGCUAGUGUCUUCCCUCCCCAGAUGCUAUUUUAAAUAAAGUUGAGCAUUUUAACACA